AUGGAAGGAUCAGUUACGACAGAAGUACAUCACCAAGAACCAUCGGCCAAGCGCAGGAGGGUGCGCAAAGGGACGCGGUCAUGUUGGGAAUGCAAGCGGCGGAAGAUCCGGUGCAUCUUCUCAACCCCAGACGAUGUCGCCUGCAUCGGCUGCCAGCACCGGCGUGCUCCUUGCAUCAGUCAGGACCUGCCCGAGGAUCUGUCUCCGGCAAGAAAAGGCAGUCGGCAUCUCAGCGAACGCAUCGCCAAAGUCGAAGACUUCAUCAAGGACUUUGUUGCUAGCAAACAUGCUGCUGAAGGAGAGCUACCGCAACACAGGCACUCGGAUCAACCAAAGUCUCGCUCAGAAGAUUCAGCGCCCGUAUCGAUACAAGCUACACUCACGCGCAACUCGCAAAGUGUAUCAGGUCGAACCAAAACCGAGACAACAGCGCUUCAUCAUCUAUGGGCGGCCUUUCCAGCUGAAAAUGAUGCGAAGAUCCUGCUCAGGGAGAGCCUGAGACCGUCGCUUUAUACCCAUUUCAUUAACACCCAGCCACAUAGUAAGCUGACGCUCGAGUCGCUUGCCGUGCCGCACCCGAUAGCUCAACUUCCUGGUCCCAACACCCAUCCGGUCAUUCUGGCCAAACAAAUGCUCAUGUUCGCAAUCACACUACAGAGUCCGUGUGGAGAAAAGGUUCGGGGUCUUUCUGAACCACAAAGCGUACUCAUGAGCCGCUUGAAGACGGCUGCAACGACAUGGAUAACGACCAAGGAGGAGAUGCACGGCACGGUCGAGAGCCUGAUUUGCAUCAUCCUAGAGGGAGUCUUUGAGGUGAACUCUGGCAAUCUUCGACGGGCUUGGGUUGUUUAUCGCCGGGCAAUGACAGUAGCCCAGUUGAUGGGCCUGCACCGGUCCCCGAUGCCACCCCUGAAACGCAUCGAGCCAGAGCUGCGCGCAGACCCCGAGUUCUUGUGGUUCCGCAUCGUGUAUAUGGACCGAUACCUCAGCUUAUUGCUUGGUCUCCCUCAGGGUACAACCGACAACAGCAUGGGAGCCAUAUCGGCUCUGCAACAUGAACCACCCCUCGGCAAAUUCGAGCGACAACUCACCGUCAUUGCGUCGUGCAUCUUGGAACGCAGUGAAAGUGCAUUCACCCCAGGCGCAAUCAUGACAACCCAAUCCAUCGAUUCAGAGCUAUUGAGGCUUUCACGGAGCAUGCCCACCAGCUUUUGGCGGCCGGCAAAUUUCCAUAGCCUUACCCCUGGAUCGCCGGAGAGCCUGUUGGAAACCGUACGCUUGUCAGCGCAGGUCUACUACUAUGGCUUAUUGAUUCAUCUCCAUCUACCAUAUAUGAUGCAUGGAAUAGGCAGUCAUAUCGACCAUGAGUACUCCAAGAUCCCUUGCGUCAAUGCCGGCCGGGAAAUAAUGACGCGCUUUAUUGCUCACCGGACAUUCAACCCCAUGUCGUCCUGCUCGCGGCCCGUAGACUUUUUUGCACUCCUGGCGGCAAUGACUCUCCUGCUUGCUCAUCUCGAAGCUCAUCAUCAUCGAGAAGCGACUAACAUCCUUGCUCACCAACGCUUGAGUGACCGCGCCAUACUAGAGCAAGCACUGGAGCGAAUGGAUGUCAUCAGUAACAUGAACAAGGACGUAAUAACCGGGAAGAGUGCCAAACUGAUCCGACGCCUACUCGACAUCGAGGCGGACGCCGCUGACGGACGCAGCUACACCACCAGAAGCGUAAUAAAAGAUGACGACGAGGGACAAGAGGGUACUGGGAAGAAAAAUGACGAGCUUCGCUUGCAUAUCCCGUACCUCGGCGUAGUCAAGAUUGCCCUCCAGGAUCCUAUCUUUUGCGAGGUGUACGAACCGCACCGAAUAACGCCAGUCGAGUUUUCACAGACGGGGCCAACACUCGCCGUAUCCAACGAUGCGCUCACGUCUCUCCCUCAUUCGUCGUCCACGGAGGAACAACAGCCACUUAACCAUCUGCACGACACGGCCCAAGGCUCACCCUUUCAGGGGACCCCGCCAGCAUCAGACUGGCUGAACGCGCAGUUACAUGAACAGCCCAUUCUGCACGACUCUAGCCCUAGCCAAGACGACAUCACUCUGCAACCGCAUGCGGGGCUUCCUGCCAUCACGGCUGGUGUUAAUGACUGGACUUUCCAGGGGGUCGACAUGGCCUUUUUUGAUAGCUUGAUGAGAGGAAUGCCCGGCGUGGAUACGGCCGAGUUAGAGCAGUAA